UAGAGAGAGAAAGAGAGUGACAGAUAAAAGAAAAAAUAAAAUGAAAUUUUGGAAUAUUCAUAAAAAGUUUAGUCAAAAUUGAUGAUUAUGGGCCAUUUGCUCAAAAGAUGGAUAAUACAAAGGGGUAUAUUGAAUUUUUUUUUUUAUUAUUUUUUUAUUUUUAAUAAAAGUGUUUGUUGCACAUUUUUUUUAUUUUUUAUUUUUAUAGCAAGAGAGCUUCUUGCACACCAAAAAAAAAAAAAAUAAAAUAAAAUUUGGGCACCAAAUGUAAUUUUAAAAGUUCAAAACUAAAAAAAAAAAAAUACCAAAAUAGCGCCGAACAUCCUGUUCCCUAGCUCCAAAGCGAAUCCUUGCCACUGCAACGGCGAUUUCUAUCUCCAGCGUCUACUACCAGCAUUCUCCGGCGUCUACUACCAAGCGUUUUCCUGCGGCUUCACUAGAAAGGUAACCAGUGAGGUAGAGGAAGAUGCCUUCAAAGACUAUGAAGCAUUCAAAGACAGCGUCCAAACUCUCACAUUCUGACCAGACUGCAUCUCCAUCUCCCCGUAGUUCGUCAUCUGUGACGCCUCUCCCAAUGCAGGAACUUAGUGAAGAGAAUCUCCCUUUUUCUCUUGAGGAAGCUUCAAGCAAGUUCCCUUCUCUGAUCGGCAGAUCUGCUUUUAUUGGCCGUAUCACAGAUAUUGAGGCUGAGUCCAAAGGAUGUAAGAUAUGGCUCUCAGAAUCUUGUAUGGUUGCCUUAUCCGUUGCUCCCGGUUCCAUCGUAUCGGUCUCACUUGCUUCUACAAGAAAUAAAAUUUCAAGUGACAUCCCUCUCAUUCCAUUAGCAGAUGAAUUUUCAAGACAUUCAGAGCUUGGUUAUCGGGAUAAAAUGGUUGCUCAAGUGGGGAACUACUUUGCUCUAGCUACAGUUUUUCCUUCCUGUAAGGUUUUGAAGAAUGGAGUGCGAUUGUCUUCAAACCUUUCAUGUACAUUGGGUUGUCCUUCUUUAGGCGGGAUCAUGUUUGUAUUUCCUACUCAAUGUCAAUCUGCAAAGGAUCUUGUAAAUGAGAAUGACAAGCUGCAUAGCACAACAUCUAAUUGCCUCUCAUUAUACAAGUGCAAGGAGUUAUAUUUAGAGCUAGUUUCUUCAGAGAGUGGAUUUACGGUGAAGAGUUCUCUGUUGCCUCGCAAUGAUUUUCCUGCAGAAGCAACCCGAGGUCAAGUAGAAAAUGGAAAGGUUUCAUCCCCUAAGACACCAUUGUUCUCUCAGUCAAGACUUAGUUCGCCUAAUACUAGUCAACUAUGUUCACCAAGAUGUGAAGAGUCGGUAUCAAAUUUACCUAAUCCAUAUGGGAUGUCGUCGGAUUCAUUUGAUAUAAGAGAAGUCUUAGGGGAUGAAAGUUCAAAGAAACUACUACAGACCUGCACUGCUUCAUGGUUAUAUGCACGUACUCUACUUUGUGGAAAUAUUGUAACCAUCCCAAUACUUUCAAAGCUCUGCAUUUUGCAGGUUGUAGCUGCUAAUGCAGUUUCAGCAAAUAGUACCAAUCAGGAUAUGACGGAUGAAAGUAAAUGUGAUUUGUUCAUUCAGGCUCCCGAUAUAAUAGAUCAUGUGAAAGAUGCUUUUUUUAUAGACCAUGGAACAAAAGUGUAUAUAUGCUCACCGCCUCAUUCUGCAUUGGGAACUCCACAGAAGAAAGAUUCACCAUGUGUGGAGCUUGAACGUAAGGAUAUCAAAGCUAGCAUGGACUUUUUAAAAUUGGGUGGUUUAUCUAAAGAAUAUGCAGUUUUGAAGGGUAUAAUUUCCUCAACAGGGAAGUGCACUCUAUCAAGGUUCGGUUUACGGCCUACAAAGGGAGUGCUGCUUUAUGGUCCACCUGGCACUGGGAAAACUUCUUUGGCUCAAUUGUGCGCCCAUGAUGCUGGCGUUAACCUCUUCUCUGUGAAUGGACCCGAAAUUGUUAGUCAAUAUUAUGGAGAAAGUGAGCAAGCAUUGCAUGAGGUCUUCAAUUCAGCUAGUCGUGUUGUACCUGCUGUGGUGUUCAUUGAUGAGUUGGAUGCUAUUGCACCUGCACGGAAGGAUGGAAGUGAAGAGUUGUCUCAGAGAAUGGUUGCGACAUUGUUAAAUUUAAUGGAUGGCAUUAGUAUAACUGAUGGGUUACUUGUCCUUGCUGCAACCAACAGGCCUGACAGUAUUGAGCCUGCACUCAGACGGCCUGGAAGACUUGACAGGGAAAUUGAAAUAGGUGUACCAUCUCCCAAGCAACGUUGUGAUAUACUGUUUGCCCUUCUUAGUGAAAUGGAACAUUCACUUUUGGACAUGCAAGUUCAACAUCUUGCUAUGGCUACACAUGGUUUUGUGGGUGCUGAUCUAGCUGCCCUCUGCAAUGAAGCAGCCUUGGUUUCUCUUAGGCGAUAUGUUGACUUAAAGAAACGUUCUGAUAUUUCACACCUCAACGGAUUAUCUAUUGUAGAUGAUGAUUGCCCUACUAGUAUAACAAAAGGCUCUGAUUUUCCUAAAUAUGCAAGGGAUCUAUUUUCAAGAGAGAAUUCAGAAUCAGCAUCUUCAUCUAUUCCAGAUUUGCUUAUUUUUUCGGAGGCUUAUAAAGGAGUUAAUACUACUAGGGUAAAUAAGACGUUUAAAGUGGAAGAACAGUUCCUGAAAGUAACUUUCGAAGAUUUUGAAAAGGCUAGAAUGAAAAUAAGGCCGAGUGCUAUGCGAGAGGUAAUACUUGAGGUUCCGAAGGUUAAUUGGGAAGAUGUUGGUGGUCAAAAGGAGGUAAAGACACAGUUAAUGGAAGCUGUAGAAUGGCCUCAAAAGCACCAGGAUGCUUUCAAGCGUAUUGGAACCCGUCCCCCAACAGGGGUAUUGAUGUUUGGUCCGCCAGGGUGCAGCAAAACCCUUUUGGCACGUGCAAUAGCUUCUGAAGCAGGGCUGAAUUUCCUUGCAGUGAAGGGUCCAGAACUUUUCAGCAAAUGGGUUGGAGAAUCUGAAAAGGCGGUGCGGUCUCUCUUUACUAAGGCAAGGGCAAAUGCCCCUUCAAUUAUAUUUUUUGAUGAGAUUGAUGCUCUUGCCGUUAUACGUGGGAAAGAAAGUGAUGGAAUUUCUGUUGCUGAUCGGGUUAUGAGUCAACUUCUUGUUGAAUUGGAUGGUUUGCAGCAAAGAGUUAAUGUUACUGUUAUUGCUGCCACAAAUCGGCCAGAUAAGAUUGACCCUGCUCUUCUAAGACCAGGACGCUUUGACCGACUGUUAUAUGUCGGACCUCCUAGUGAAACAGACCGUGAAGAUAUAUUUCAUGUCCAUUUGCGCAGAAUGCCAUGCCAUUCUGAUGUAUGCAUUAAGGAGCUAGCUCUUCUCACUGAAGGCUACACUGGGGCUGACAUAUCGCUUAUCUGCCGUGAAGCAGCUGUUGCAGCUAUUGAAGAGAACCUUGAUACCUCAGAAAUAACAGUGGAACAUCUAAAAAGUGCAAUUGAACAAGUAUUCCCAUCAGAAAUUCAGUCUUAUCAAGAGUUGUCCACAAAAUUCCAAAGGCUUGUCCACUCUAGUGCAACAAGGGAUGAAGUAGGCUAUCAACCAUACUCAAGCAAAUCGAAUUGGAUUCAUUUCAGGUGAAGGAGAUCAAGACUGAUCUGAUAAGUUCUACCCUACAAGCCAUGGACAGAUUUAAUCCAUUCCACACAGAAAGUUUUGCUGCAACUUUGUCAAGAAGUGGAUUACAGUGGCCGCUUUUAAUACCAUUUAGAUUCAAGGGUAGGCCUAAAUAUUGAACAGGUAAAUUGUCUCUUUCAAAGUUUAAACUGCAAAAUCCUUGGCACAUUUCUUUUCCUUCUAACUGCUUUAGAAAAGAAAAUGGAACUCUUUUCCUUGCUAACGAUAAGUCCAGAGAACCUGUAGAAUUCCUCAAACACCUCAGCUAGAACUUUUGUUGUCCCCAACUGUUCUCUCACCACAACAAAGAGGUCAUCAACAAAGAAAAAGUGACUCAGCUUCAUACCGUCUUCUAAACUGAAGGACACAACUGAAUUGAGCCCUCCCUCACUUUUUCAUUCAUCAAAUUAGAGAAAUGCUCUGUAGCUGGAGUAAAAAGCUAAGGAAAGAGAGGGCAUCUGAUGGGGUACAGGAUAUGAUUUGAAUACAUGAGUUGUACAUGCUUCAACAUUACUUUGGAGAAGAGGGAAAGAGAAAUAAAAUUGGGGAUUUUAGUGAUUUAGGGUUUUAUUUAUGCUUAUUGUUAUUUUGAUAAUGUUUGAAUUUUAGGGUUACUUUGGUAGUUUUAUGUUUUAGGGUUUGCUUAAUAAUUUGCCUAUUUAAAGGCUCCUUUGUAAUUUGAGAGGUCAGUUUUGAGAAAUUGAAUAUUAUCGUUGAGUUUGCGAACUCCCUUUGUGUCUUUCUCCCUAUUGUUCUUGCUGUUCUUAAUCCCUCUGUCUAUCUUUCCUACCUCCUUCAAUCUGAUUCUCAUCCCUAUUCUUCUGUCUUCUCACCUCCUUCGUCUAGCCUCAUCUUAUCUUCUCAUUCUCAUCUCCUUUCUUUCUAGUUACUAUAAGUUACUACUUGUCCUACGUCAAUUGAUGGGGAACGGGAUAUGAUUCGAAUACAUGAGUUGCACAUGCUUCAACAUUACUUUUGGAGAAGAGGGAAAGAGAAAUAAAAUUGGGGAUUUUAGUGAUUUAGGGUUUUAUUUAUGCUUAUUGUUAUUUUGAUAAUGUUUGAAUUUUAGGGUUACUUCGGUAUUUUUAUGUUUUAGGGUUUGCUUAAUAAUUUGCCUAUUUAAAGGCUUCUUUGUAAUUUGAGAACUCAGUUUUGGAGAAUAUUGAUUAUAGAUUUCUUUGAGUCUCUCUCUGUGUUCUAUUGUUUCUCUCAUUUAUGUUCUUGCUUUUCUCACCCAUGCAGUCUAUCCUGCCUAUCUAUUCACUCUGUUCUCACACCCUUCCGUCUAUUUUCUCAUGCCCUUCUUCUAGUCUAUCUAUUCUUCUAUUUUGUCAUCCCUUUCUUUCUUUCUGGUUACUUGUCCUGUGUCAGAAUCCCUGUCUGAUUCUUGGUUUGUGGAUCAUACAAAAGGCAAAAAUAUCAUGUGCAGUUUGAUAAGGUGUAUUUUUCACUGCUGUGUUGUGGAGUAUAUGGGGUGAGAGGUAGAUGGAUGUAUGAUGGGGAUACUCAUUCUUCAUAUCAGUUGGCUAUUAAGGCUUGUUUUGAAGGUCUUGAUGCAUCUAGUUUGUCCCUAUCUGAUCUGGAUCAUAUUUUCGCUAGGACUGAUGUUGGAUUGGAGGCUUUCCUUCUCUCUCUUUCUAGCGUGUUUUGUUUCUUUUUGCUUUGUUUUGCUAGUUUGGGGUAUACCCUUAACUGGCUGUUUUGAUAUAAAAAAAAUAAAUAAAUAAAAAUAAAAAUACAAAAUAAAAAAUUUCUUGUGAUCAGUAAUUGAUUACUUUAUCCUAUUUACUUCUAUUGUUCAAUUUGUAGUUUAAUAAAACUCCCGCAUUCAGGGGGAAAAAAAACACUUAUACAAAGUGUUACAAAGGGCAAUAGGUCCAAAAUCUGUAACUUUAACAAGAGUAAGGAAUGUUGCAUUCAUACCAGUUGGCAUAGAGCAGUUGUGAAAGAAAAACAAAAUAGCUUUAAUGAGAUCAUAAUAAAUGAUAGACCAAUACUUUUUAAAGAACAUGGCAGGAAACCCAUUUCGGCCAGGAGACUUAUCAGGAUUGAAAGCCAUGACCACCUCCUUGAUCUCUUCUGCAGUAACUGAAUACUCAAAUUACACCUUUGCUCCAUUGAUUAGCAUCUCCUAGGAGGUUUCAACUCUAUAUUUGCUUCAUCAGUAGUUCUAGGGUGCAGUCCUUUGUAAAAAUGCAUCAACCAUUCUCUUAUCUGAUCCUGGUUAGUAGAUAGACUUUGAAAUUGAAUGGAUAGCCCUUCUCUGCUUCCCUUUCUGGUGGAAGGAUCUGGAACAUCUAUCAUGCUCUGUUAACCACUUUAAUCUAGAUUUCUGAGCCCAAACAACUUCCUCCUGGUGAGGGCCAGCUCCAACUCUUUGGCCUUUCUUUAUUUCAAAACCAAAUUGUCUUCCAUGGGAUUGAUCAAGAGGGCCAUCUUAAUACACUCCAGCUCUCCCAUAGCAUCUCUGGCCUGUCUCAAAAUUGAACCUCUUUCCCUGUUUAGACAUUGAUUUUUUUCCUUAACCUUCCUGAGCCUCUUCAUAAAUCUGUGAAUUGAAUUACCACUAACCUCUUCCUUCCAAGGUUCAGCAACUAUGACAUCCACCUCUUCCUUAGAGCACCAAACCCUUUAAGAACUUAAAAGGUUUAGGUCCUAAUGCACAAUCUGCAUUAUAAGAAACAAUCAAAGCAAAAUGAUCUAAAAGAGAGGCUGCUGUUAAGGAGAGAUUUGAAAUCUCAAACACUCUUGAGCCAUUCCCCAUUACAAAGCCCUCUAUCGAGCCUAGCACAAAGUCUUCUACAAUUAAAUUGGCUAUUAGACCCAGUGAGACCCCCAUUUGUUAUAGGAAGGUUGUCCAAACCAAUUUUUUGAAGAGUUUGAUUAAAUUCGUCAAGCAACCUCUUUGGAAUUCUCAACUCCCCCACCUUCUCCUCAUGAAACCUCACUAGAUUCCAGUCCCCAAUGGCAAUCCAAGGACCUUGAAUUAUAGAUGAAUGAAUCUGCGGUACUGCAUAGAUUGGCAGCAUAGACACCAGUCAUGAAGAAAUGAACAUUAAGGUGCAAUAAGUUAACCUUGAACAAUAUACACUGAGCAUACUCUUGCACAACCUGCACAUCAACCUUACUAACAUCCCACUCAAGCCAAAUUCUACCACCAUUAGAUACAGUAUAAUUUCCACACCAGUUCCAGGAACUAUUGAUUUUAGAAGACACACUACUGAACUUAUUCUGCUUUACUCUAGUCUCAACCAAACAAACCAAAAACAAAUUAUUUUCCUUCAACCAUUUAUUUACCAUUCUCUGCAUCUUGAGCCUAUUGAAGCCUGACACAUUCCAACAACCAAUCAUUGAGAAAGAUUGGUUGAUGGAUGUGCUCCAUCAGCAGACAUAGCCCUAGACACCCAAUUUGAGGCAACAACUCCAUGCAUUUUCUUUUUAGCAGGCAUGCUUUUACCUCCAGAGCCCUUAUUCUUCUCAUCUUGAUCUGGAAUAGAACCACCAUUCUUCUCUGCAACUAUACUCUCCCCUUCGUUGCCCUUUGUGAAAUAACUGAUAUCUACUAGCAGAGAUAGUAGCUAAAUCUUCAUGAUCUUCCACGCUACCAUCUUCAACACCCUGAUCCUCAAGCUCCUUUUGUAACUCAUUAGGAACUUCAGAACUCUGGUCCACUCCAACAACAACAGCCUGAAAAUAAAUUAAUGUAAUUUAUUUAAUAUAAUCAUAUCUAAGCUAAUUUCUUCUACCAUUACACCAUUCUGCUGCUUCAUUUUUUUUUUUUUUCCUUGAACAACUCACCUCAUUCACCACAACCCUAGCUAUCAGACGUAGUUACUGAGUUGGAUGUGAUAAGUAACCAACCUUGAUUUCUAAUGAAUGACUAGGUAACACAAAAUAUAUAUUUAUCUUUUUACAAAUUCCAGUUAUAUAUAUAAAAGAAUGCUUUAGUUGGGUGAAGAUUAUGCUCACGCCAGUGUUAUAAUUUUGGCUCAAAAAUUCAUCCAAUCUAGAUGAAAUUUUCAGACCUCUUUAAUUUUACGUUAACGAUUGUACCAGUGGUGGUUAGAUCGGCAUUGUGCUCUCAAUGCCUCCAUAGCCGCAAGAACCACUACUCUCUCUCACCCAAAAACCCAUUUUAGCAAGUACCCAACUACUGCCACAUAUUUAACUUUCUCUCACAUACCCAAAUAACCACCGCCAAAGGCUUCUUUUUUGCUGCGCUGGUUGAAGUCCUACAGGUUCCCUCUACGGGUGCCAUUUGCGACGAUGUUCACUGCUUGAAUCUCUAAUACUCCACCCCACAGAUCUCUCCUGAACGUACGCAACGCAUCAAUUGGUCUUCCAAAUUCCACAACUGGGUUACCUGAGUAUUUAAUCGAAACCAAAACACCUAACAUUCUAAGACAUUCACAUAUUUUGGAUCCCAAUGUCAGUAGUUGGGUUUCAUGAAGAGAGAAAAUUUAGGGUUAGAGAAGGUUGGAUGGAAAAAGAUAUUAAACUGAUGAAUUAAAAAGUCACUUUCAAUCUUUAGGGUUAGAAGGGUAAGUUAGUAAUUUAACUUUAUGUUGCUGACAUCAACCAACAUGUUCGCAAUUCAGAAGAAUGUUUGUGGGGGUAAAACGGUACUUUUGUUCUCGCAAUUAAAUAAACUAGUGGAGUUAACUCUGACAAAGGGUGUCAGAAUAAUUUCUUUUAUAGUUUCAUCCCAGGGUAAUUUGGAUAAACUUCAGGGGUGGUCAGAGUAAUCCACCCUUUAUUUUAUUAAUAUUAUAAUAUUAUAAUAUAUAUAUAUAUAUAUAUAUAUAUAUAUAUAUUUAGUUUACAGUUCGGUUCUAAUGGAUCUGGAACCAGAACCGGACCAAGCAGACAGUUCAACUCAUACCGGUUUGCCGGUUCCAACGGUUUUUUGUGCACCCCUAAUUUUAAUUUGUUACCAGAGGCAAAACAGCUCCAGAUUGUUUCCUAUAAUGAAGCAGUUUCAAUUAAAAAUAAUAAUACAAAAAAAAAAAAAAAAAAAAAAAAAAAAAAAAAAAAAAAAAAGCACCUCAACUUCAGAAAUGACGCUCACGCCUUUUUCAGUUUCCAUGAUGAUCACAUAAAACAUUAGCUGCCUUGGUAUAUAUGACUUUGAACGUCUGACAGAUCUAAAUUUUUAUAUGAACUUCCAUAAUGCUAUUUUAACAGAAAAUGUUGGCAAGAAAAGCCCCAUCAAACCUUUACGAACCCACCAGGUAAUCUUUUAAAUUUUAGACACUUGUCAAAGGCCUUCGAUUAUGUAAAGAGCAAUGAUCCUACAAAGAACAGUGAGCUGGAAGAAAACUAAAUUCAGUUAAUGACCACAAUGGACUUUUGCUCUGUAGUAAUUCAGUUAAUGACCACAAUGGACUUUUGCUCUGUAGUCUUCGGUGUUUCAAAAAUGUGAUCAAAUGGUAGAUACUUGAAUUUGCAUUGAAGCCUUAUUUGACUCCUCCAUUAAGCAAAAAAAUAAUUACACAAGCAAUUGUUCACAAGGAAGAUUAACUUCUAUAUUCUUCGCCACCACUAUGAAGAUCAAAUGGGCACCGCAACUCUAUCUCCACGACAUUAUUGUUUUCUAUAGGAUCGCCGUAGUCUAAAUGUCACCUAAGUAUCGCAUCACCAAUCAUCCAGGUUUUAUAAUGUCAAGCAUUUCUGUCAAACGGUUUGCCAUAUGCGUUGUACAUAGUUUCCAGAUCUUAACCUUAAAUGUAGUGUGAACCUGUCAGUUAAACAUUCUUAGUUGGGAGAGUUUGAUACAGUCAAGCAGCUCCUUUAAGCUUCCAAAUUUGACACAAGAAUUAGGUCUAAAAAAGCUAGAAAGAAAUAAAUUUUUUUACUGCCAGUUAGUCUAUUAGCUCUAGUAUAUAAAGGGAAAGCUUGGAAUUUUCUUACUGCUUUGAGGACACAUAUAGCUUGUUGAUAUUAAUUGGAAAUGGAUUGUGCAAAAUAUCUGCCCGAAAAGAGAGGACAAAAACAUUGGGUAAAAAGUAUUCCGUACUUUUCAACUUAAAAUUUGGGUGUGACUACUGCCCUUCCCAUUUGCACAACGUAUAACUCUCUCUCUCUCUCUCUCUCUCUCUCUCACACACACACGCACACACACUUGUCAUUAAUUGAUCAAAUUCUAUACUCCUACCUACAUUUGGUUUCUUAUCCUUUAUGCAUAGCUUUUAUGAAACUUAUUUGUUACUAGUAUUAAUUGGCCACCUCUCUCUUUAUGUGCAUGUGUGUGAUAGUUGUUGUGGAUGCUACUUUCUUCUUUGAUACAAUCUUUCAUGAUCCGGUACAUUCAUCUCUUCCAGGGUUUGAAUUAAUUGACAAAUUUUGAUCUGUUUUG